AUGGCUGGCGUCGGCUUCGCGGCGCACCGCCUGGAGCUGCUCGCCUCCUACCAGGACGUGAUCGGCGAGGACAGCCCCACCGACUGGGCCCUCUACACAUACGAGGAUGGCUCUGAUGACCUGAAGCUGGCAGCGUCGGGAGGUGGAGGUUUGCUGGAGCUUUCUGGCCACUUUGAGAUUCAGAAGGUGAUGUAUGGCUUCUGCAGCGUCAAGGACCCCCAGGCUGUGCUCCCCAAAUAUGUCCUCGUCAACUGGGUGGGUGAGGAUGUGCCGGACGCCCGCAAAUGCGCCUGUGCCAGCCACGUAGCCAAGAUUGCCGAGUUCUUCCAGGGCGUCGAUGUCAUCGUCAAUGCCAGCAGCGUGGAGGACAUUGACCCAGGGGCCAUCGGGCAGCGGCUCUCCAACGGGCUGGCCCGUGUCUCCAGCCCGGUGCUGCACCGCCUGCGGCUGCGCGAGGAUGAGAACGCCGAGCCUGUGGGCACCACUUACCAGAAAACCGAUGCCACCGUGGAGAUGAAGAGGCUCAACCGGGAGCAGUUCUGGGAACAGGCAAAGAAAGAGGAGGAAUUGCGUAAGGAGGAAGAGCGGAAAAAGGCCCUGGAUGCCCGGCUGCGGUUCGAGCAGGAGCGGAUGGAGCAGGAGCGGCUGGAGCAGGAGGAGCGGGAACGGCGCUACCGGGAGCGCGAGGAGCAGAUCGAGGAGCACAGGAGGAAGCAGCAGAGCUUGGAGGCGGAGGAGGCCCGGCAGCGCCUGAAGGAGCAGUCCAUUUUUGGGGAUCAGCAAGAAGAGGACGACAGGCAGCAGUUUCGGAAAUCAGAGUCAGAGGUGGAGGAGGCUGCUGCCAUCAUCGCUCAGCGGCCUGACAACCCCAGGGACUUCUUCAAGCAGCAGGAGCGGGUGGCAUCAAGCAGCAGCGAUGCUAUCUCACCAGGCAGCCACAGGACAGGUCGUCUGCACUGUCCUUUCAUAAAGACAGCUGACAGUGGGCCACCUUCUUCCUCCUCCUCCUCCUCCUCCCCCCCACGGACCCCCUUCCCCUAUAUCUCCUGCCACCGCACUCCAAAUCUCUCCUCUUUCUUCCCAUGCAGCCAGUCGGACGCCUUCCGCAAGGCCUCGGCAGCGGGCUGCAGCCCCUGCGAGUCCAGCCCGGCCGCCACGCCGCUGGGCGAUCUGGGCACCCGCGCGCCCGCUGACCAGACGCCGGCAACGCCCAAAGAGUCCCCCAGCCCCAGCGCGCAGGAGCCCGGGCCAGCCACACCCGAGCAGCACUGGCCCUUCCCAGGGCCCGAGGACAAGGCCAUGGAGCCCCCUGGGGACGAGCCCAGUCACAGGCCAGUGUGGACAGCGGGGGGUGAUGCCCUGGGGGACCUGGUGACCCUGGAGCCCACCGAGCCUUCCCUGCCACCCGUGGCUGAUGAGCCCCAAACUGGGGAAGCCCCCAACCCUGAGAGCCUCAUCGACCUGUGGCAGAGCGACGGGGUGACUUCCCCAGCUGCCUGGCCCCUGCCUGCUGCCCCUGUCCCUGAGACACCCCCAGCCAUGCUGCCCGAGGAGGGGGCCCUGCUGAGCCUGGAUGAGCUGCCUGAGCCCCCCGCCACCUUCUGCGAUGCAGAGCAGGAGGAUGAGGAUGAGGAGGUGGUAGCUGGUGAGGGGGACCCCCAAUCCCAGGAUCUGGGCUGCCAGCACACACCCCAGGAAGACACCCUGGGCCGAGAGACGCCCCCCAUCACCAAUGGGGAGAUGGCCCCCAAGGAUGGGACACCAGGUCGUGGGGAGCAGGCCAGCGAGGGCUACUUCAGCCAGUCCCAGGAGGAGGAGGUGCCCCCCCCCGAGGAGCUGUCGGCCAAAGCCCCCCAGCCCAUCUUCUACAACAAGCCCCCAGAGAUCGACAUCACAUGCUGGGAUGCAGACCCUCUGCCCGAGGAAGAGGAGAGCUUUGGGGGGGCCCUGUGA